UAUUCCGAACUGAAGGCCUACAAUAUAAAUAAGGAUCUUAAAGUGUAUAAUAUAUAUGUUAGGCAGGAGUCAAAAACACUAACAAAUAACACUUAAUACAAUUUAAUUUAUUAUAACUUGUUUGAACAAUCUCAGUGUUCUUUUCUUAUAUUUGUGCAAGAUCGCAACUGAAACGGCAAAUUUGAUAUAAGAUAAAUAGUUACAAUGAAGUUUAUACUAAUGUUCAUAUACAUGUUGAAAAUCAACAUACUUCAGAUUAUAGUUCACGGAUCAAGAAAUCCGUCGAUAUCUUUACAAUAUAUCGAUAGUGCAAUAUUUGAAGCUUCUAAAUGUACUUCAAAUGAAUAUGCAGAUCAAGUAUAUGUUAACAAUAACAUUAAUAUUACAGACAUUCCUAUUUUAUAGAUAUGAAUUUAGGAACAUUUAAUUAAAAAUGGUUGGUUUACGACAAAGUCGUCAAAGGUUUAUAUGGUUACGGUAUUAUUAUAUUUUAUUACAUUAUUUUCAUUUCUAACAAAAUGACUGGUUUAGCACAGUCUAUAUUUACAUCACAAUUAUAUAGCUAUUCAUAAAAAAUGU